AUGGACACCUCCUCCUCCCCUACCCCCUCCCUCGAAGGCCAGCAGCUGCCCGACCUCUCGAAGCUCACGGCCAAGGACAAGCAGGAGCUGCAGCAGUUCCUCAAUCACGAGAGCCAGAGGGCGCAGAUCCAGCAGACCGUCCACACCCUCACGGAUCUCUGCUGGAAGAAGUGCGUGACUGGCACGAUCAAGAGCGGCGCGCUGGACAAGAACGAGGAGAGCUGUGCGAAGAACUGCGUCGAUCGGUAUCUGGAUGCGAAUUUCGCUAUUAUCAAGCGGUUGAACGGCAUGAACGCCCGGCGCUAA